AUGUCUCAAGAAACUCUCGCUAGCUUUAUAGCAUCAAUACAACAAACUCAGAACGACUUCUGCCAGCAGCUGAUCCGAGAAGUACGCUCAUCGACGCCGCAUAACAUCUCCGAGGACCAAGCCCAGCAAACAUCAUUUGUUGUUGGCGCGAACGGAAACUUCGCGAAAUGUGCCUCUCGUUAUGGCGGACGCGCGGACGAGUCGUUGGAUAAUUUUUUGGACGCCGUGAGUACUUACAAAGACUGCGUUAAUGUAUCUGAUGUGAAUGCUCUCCGUGGUUUUUCAAUGUUAUUUGAAGGACCUGCUGCAGUUUGGUGGCAAGGCGUGAAGCAAUCAACUAGCACGUGGUCAGAAGCUCUCACCAGAAUAAAAUGCGCCUUCGGUGAACAUGACCCGCCACAUCGCCUUUACCGGAAACUUUUCAGUCUUGUUCACCAAGAAGAUGAAAACACAGACUUCUUUAUUGCUAAGGUACAUGCAUUAUUAGCCGAAUUCCCAAAGGACGACCUUUCAGAGAAGGUCAAAUUGGAUAUCUACUUAACACGCGCAUCAGGAAACGCGUGA